AUGACUACUCCACAAAAUAAUACACGAAUAGCCUUGGCUGAUCGUUUGGAGGCUUUGCGUGUGGCCACUACUCCCACGGCCAGACCCAAUGAUCCCAUCCCAGCCUCAAUAUUUGCCUCCUCCCUUAUGGACAAUACAACAAAUGUUGCUCUACAGGAUUAUGAGGGCCAUAUAGCAUCUCCCGACGAAUUGGUGAUACGCCAGAGAGGACGUCGUCGUCCUCUAAUGGAUUGGACACCCGAACAGGCCACAAAUAUACGCAAUCCAUUCCAGAGAACACCCACAAAAAUGCCACUCAGCACCAAUAUGAUCCUUAGAAGUUCGCCAAGAAAACGUUUAUCUAUGGGUAGUACACCACCAGAACCAUUAAUGACGAAUAACAAUAACUCACCACUUAAGCUUAAUGCUAAACAACAGCUAUGGCCGGGAUCGCCAAGUGCUGCCAAGAAACUGCGUUUGGGGGAUGAGGAAAGGCCAAUGGCCCAAACAAAUGAAGAGAUACCAUUGGCCACAGUGUUACAGGGUUUUUCACAACAACAACUAAUCGAUAUGAUUGUGGGCAAGGUGGCGGGAGAUGCCAAGGCUGAGGCGGAACUGAGAGCUAAAUUACCAAUGCCGGAUAUUGAAAAAAUGGAGCAGGAUCUCCUACAUGCCAAGCGUAUGAUAUUCAAAUCUCUACCCACCUCACGUCUAUGCAAGAAAACCGAUAGCACUGCCUUUACCAGGGCUGCUCUACAUUUAAGCGAAUUCAAACGCUUGCUGACACAUCACACAAAACAGUUGCAUGAGUCCGGGCACUGGGAUGCCCUACUCGAUUAUAUAUUUAUGGCAUGGCAGUGUGUUAAGGCAACACCCAACUGGGAUAAUGCCACCCAUAAUGCUGUACGCAAGCAGUGUUUUAAAGUUCUAACUUGUGGUUGUAUGGCGGCGGUUAAAUUUGGCGGUUCACGUUUGGGCACCCAACGCCUCCAGACACUGGAGAAAAAUCUCAAAGAAUGGUCACAGGACUAUGAGGAUGUAAUGUCGUGUGUGAAUACCUUAAGUAAAGCCUUCACAAAGGGACGGACGAGUUUAUAA